ACAUUCGCCGACCUGACACAACCUGCCAACGUAUUCAUGAUUCGGUUUCAGUUUCAGUUCAUUCCGGGUAUUCGUGCAGACUGGUGGUCGAAUAAUUAAUUAGCGCACGGUGUAACGGCCUCGUACCAAUCGACAUUUAGGCCACAAAUACUAAAUAUUUCCACAAAUGAAGUGUGUAUGGAGAUAAAAAAAAAAUAAAUAAAAUAGGUAUUAAAUAUCAACAACUGCUAAAAUAUUAGUAAUCCGAGUGGGCAAGUGAAAUGCAGUGGAAAUCAGAAUUUUCUGUUAUCAUUUAGAGGCGUUAAUUUCGAAGUGAAAUCAAAACCAAAUAUUUUACGCUUUGUUCGUGUGCCAUUACAAUCGUGUGGCAUGUGUGCGCGUGUGUGUGCGUUGCCGUUGCGUUAGUGGAGCAAACGUUACGUCGUGCUUUGAUUUUUCCACAUAAUUUUUAACGCUGCAGAAAUAUGCCUGAAUAACGGUAAAUAUUCGAAAAUUUAAAAUUGCGCAAAAUUGCGAUUCGCCAGCAGCCAUUCAAGCAGAACGUUCAAGUUUCGCGUUUUAUAAUUGUGUACAUUCGUGGCGCGUGCCGUACGAACGGACGAACGGCUGUAGUGUGUGUAUGCGCGAGUGUGCGUGCGUGCUUCGUGUUUAUGUUAAUCGACUUUGGCUUUGUUGCGACAUCAAAUAUUCGGCGUUAAAGCGUUUCAGCUGAAAACAUUUCUGUUUCUACGGCAAAUGAAAUACACAAAUUUAAAAUGGAAAAGCAAAAAUUUUGAAUCAUAAAAAAGUCGCCUGUCAUAUUUUGAUUAUUUUUGUUUUUCGAAUUUGUGAAAAAAAAUCAACGCAUGUACAGCAACAAAAAGAACGGCGCCAGAAAGCAGUUUUAAAUAGAAAAACUAAUACUGGCCAAAGUUUUCUAUGCAAAUCGCGCCCGAAAUCGCGCCACCUCUAUAACCAAAAUUAACGAAAAAAGAAAAAAUAAAAAAUGUAUGUGUAAAUGUGAAAUGAAAAAUGCGACAAUAAAAAAUAAAUUGUGACUUGUGAAGAGCAUAACAACAUAAAUCAACAGCAAAUCAAAAAAGUUUAAUGAAAAGGAAAAAGUUUCGCAACACAACGAAGGCGAAGAACAGCGGCUAAAUUAAAAUAAUAUUCAGCAAAACAACAAAACCAACAACAUAAACCGAAAAUAUCACACAAUGAAAGCGAACACAGCUGCAGUCGGCGCGAGCGCAGAGACGCCACAAAGCGGCAUGCAACAGCGACGACAUCAACAUCAGCAUCACUUGCCACAGCCGCUAAAGCUCAUAUUGGCGUUAGUCAUCAUCAUUUGCUUGCAAGGAACAAAUUGCUUUCAAAGAUUCUCAGAACAGCCAAAGUAUUCCGAAGUGAAUCCGGGUCAGGACGCCUUACUAACAUGCAAAGUAAUCGAUAAGCGUGGCACUUGCUCAUGGCAGAAGGAUAACAAGCCUGUUGGCAUAUAUGCGAAAAAAUACGAAUGGGCCGCCCGACCUUCUAGCAGCAGUGGCGGUAAUCUACAUCUUGACCUACAUCCGCCGCCUAUGCAAAUCGGCGGCGAUUGUUCGCUGUGGAUACGUUCGGCGACGCUAGACUUCGACGAUGGCUUGUGGGAGUGCCAAGUGACGGCGAGUGAUUUUACAACACAAGAUGCACUCACCAGCCAACCAGUGCGACUGGUUGUCAGAGUGGUGCCACAACGUCCACGCCUGGAGUAUGAGGGCGCACAUGUUCCACCCGGACAUAAUAUUACCAUCGACUCGGGUGCUCUGGCGACCGUUAAAUGCGUAUCGCACUAUGGCAAUCCGCCUGCCACACUCAAAUGGUAUCUCGGUGACCAAGAAAUUCAACCGAUUCAUCCGCAAAUCAACAAUACCGAACCGGAUAAUCCGCGCACCUGGUCGGCAACGUCUGUCGUUCAAGUGACGGCGAUGCGUGAACGCCAUGGUGACAUUUUGCGCUGUCUCGCCUAUCAUGAAUCUUAUACGGCGAAAUCUGUGCCAGUUGAGGCACGUUUGGAUGUAAAAUAUGCGCCAACCAUCCGUCUAAUUGGCUCACCGGAAAUCGACUUAGAGGAGGAUAAGGAUGCGCUUAUCCUGCGUUGCGUUGCCGAUGCCAAUCCACCGGCAAGUAUUGUGUGGCGGCGUGCGGGUCGUUCGGAAAUCGCCAGCUUGCAGGAGACACUGCAACUGCGUCCUGUAGGCCGUCGCGAUGCCGGACUCUACACAUGUCAAGCCCAAAACUCGGUGGGCACCUCAGAGCAGCUCUCCGUACAGUUGGACGUUAAAUAUUCGCCAAAAAUAGUUUCGGCUGGACCGGAUCGACUUACUACAGCGCCAUUAUUCAGUCCAGCCGCAUUUGAGUGCGUCGCCGAAGGCAAUCCGAUGCCCAGCUAUAAAUGGGUGCAGAGAAUUGCGCAUGGCUCCAAGUUCGUGGAACGUGGCAGUGAGCCGCGCCUGGUUAUUGACAAUGUCACCUACGACUAUCAGGGUGAAUAUGAAUGCCGCGCCACCAAUUAUAUCAAUGGACAGGAGCGUGUUGCUGUCUCCGAGCCAAUUUCGCUGCAAGUUGUGGGUGCACCACAAGUACUACGCCCACAUCCGUCAAUGCACACAAUAUCGGUAAAGCGUGGCCAACCGGCCGUUAUGUCACUGGUGGUCUGUGCAGAUCCACGACCACAUCGAGUCUCAUGGGAGUGGGGCUCAUUGCGCCUGGAAGCUGGUUCAGGAAUUGCAGACCGCUUUCGCGCCGACGAUAUGUUGCAGGAUUCACGCGAGGAUUGCUAUCUCUCCACUUUGCAUAUUCUACGCACGGAUGAGCACGAUUCGCGUCCCUACUAUCUGGUUGUGGAGAAUGAGCGCGGCACCGAUCGGCAUGCCAUUCAUUUGAAUGUGGAGGGUACGUUUACAGAACCACUGGAGAUGAGCUAUUUGCUCGGCAUUGCUGGCGGCUGCCUGGCCGCGAUACUCAUAUUAAUCUGUCUCUGCAUUUAUGCGGUGCGCAGCAAAAAAUGCUGCUUCAAAGGUAGUUCCGGCUAUAAAUCAUCAGAUAAAGACAGUGAGAAAGCCGAUUUGAAAUCACGUUCGGACAGUACCAGUGGUCCACAGGGUGAUUCGAUAUAUACCACGCCGGCUGGUUUUCAUCAUCAUCAGCAACAGCAACAGCAACAACAAUUGCAACAGCAUCACCAACAAGCGCAACAACAACAACAACAGCAACAGCAUCAUCAUUUACAAACCGCACACGGAUCACCGGAGGCAAUGAAGCCGGUCUCACAUAAAACGACAACAACCACAAAAGCCACAUUCGAUGGCGAACUGCUUUGGCAACAAGAAGCGACAGAAUUUAUAGAACGUUUUCCGCAGCGUCGUCGCCAACAUGACGCGCUACGUCCUAGCGUCUCAGCCGGUGCGCUUUAUAAAAAUGCCACCGGUAUAACGACGCUAAAUAAGCGCGCUAGCGGUGGUGAGCUGCUCACAGCGCAGCAACGGCACCAACGCGAUCUUUUCAGCGGCGAUUUAGGUAUACCAGAGGUGCGUUCACAUGUGGGCAGUAUGGUGCAUACAUUCGAAACGCUUGCUAUGCAACGCAAACUUGCCGAUCAAGAACGCGCCAAGGAACGCGCUUGGGCGUUGCAACAGCAGCAACAGUGGGAGCGCGAACAGUUGGCAGAGAGAAGUUGUAAGUAUACGCCAACGCUUAAAAGCGCCAUACACACAACCACAUACACAUAUGAUACGCCCACACAUGCGUCACACCAUUCUCAGCACGGCACUAGUAAUAGUAAAUAUCAUCAACUAAAGCGCAAAUCACACGAAUCACGUCAGCGCCUCAUAAAACUUAGUAAACAGCAGCUGCUGGCUGCUUUCAAUAACAGCGCUAAGCGUGCACCGUCAAAAACUGCACACACUAAACUCGAAAGUAGCUUAAGCGCUCAGUCGCUACCUGGCGCCGACAAUAGUAAUGCAUUGUCGCCGAGUAGUAGCCCUGUUAAGCGGCACAGCACUUUAAGUUUACACUGCGCUGAAGUUGCGCGCGCUGCAAAAGGCGACGAUGAUCACUUAAUGCAACAGUAUUGCCAUCUGGAUGACGAUUAUCGUAAAAAUUUGUUUGGCACGAUAUCAAGUCGUUUAACAGCUGUUAAUAAAGGUUGUGAAGAUAUCAAUUGUUAUGACUAUAGUGACGCACACCACACUAGUAAGCGUGUUAGCCACGAAGAAGAAGAUGAUAUAGAUGUUGGCGCACACAUAAACGUUGAACAUGACGAAGCGCUCAUUGUGAGUGCCGCCUUUGAUGAAAUAUUCGCCAGUUACAGUGGCAUCGAUGACGACGAAGAAGAUGAGAAAAAAUUCAACGCGCCGGCAAUGUUAAGCCGUGCUACUACAUACUCUACGGGUUUUGAUGAGCAAAUGGUAAGUUUAAGCGAACUGGACGAUGAUGUUUUUAAGUCACUCAGCUCGAGUCGCAUCAACAAUAUCGGUUGCCCAGGCAGCACGCCCAUGAAACUGCCACCUUUAGCGACGAACACACACAAAAAGGCAGCAACACCAACAACAAACGCUUGGCCAACAAUUGACGCCGUUGCCGAUGCAGCACAGACGCCUAAGCGUAAGCGCACCAUAAUGCCAUUGGCGAAACAAAAGCAACGCGCCACAACACUACAUAAUCUCUUCGAUCGCCUCAAAGCAACACAAACGAAAGUAAAGCGCCCAUUUGUUAAAAUGCCCUCCGACAGUCUGCUAAAGCAGGAUCAACUAAGUAUUGAACAAAUGACGCACGCGCUGCACAAAUACUCACCACAAUUAAAUUUAUAUCGCGAGAUAGGCGAAGGCGAAGCGGCCAACGAACGCAGUGAUGCUGAUGGCGAUUUUCUACGCGGUUCUACAUUGAGUCAAUCAUUUGUACGCCAGCAGCUAAAUACGUGUGAGAAUAAGGACGAGCCUAAACGCAAAAAGGCCGCGCCACCACCGCCACCAAUCAACCAUAUAAAAUCAAAUAACGGUGUCAGUGGUGUAAAUGCGGUAAAUGGCGCACCACGACCGAGCUUCGCGUCACAGCGCGCUAAGUCGACAAACGAACUACUGCUCGAUGAUUUGGCUGUACAAGCGCGUCGCUAUCAACGUGCCGCUAGUCGCAAGUAUGCGGCGCCGCCAACGCCCAGAAAACAACAGCAACCAAUGGAUUUGACUGCCAGCAAAGUACAAGCCGUAGAAGUGGAAAGAGAAGUAACGCAACGCUCCAAAUCCAAUCGUGCCAUUAGUCGUGGAAACGGUGUUGGCGCUGACAUUUUUUUACGUGGCAGCGCAGAAAUCUAAGCCGAAGCCGACUGCUUGCGCAAACUGGCGGAAGUGUCCAAGCAGUAAUCAAAGCGUUCUGGCGGUGUUAGUUAACACCCAACGCUACUGUUAGUUAUAUAGAAAAAUAUUUAGCAGUAUUUCUAAAUGUACUAAUUAUACUAAGCAAACAACUAAUUUUUGCCAGCGUAAUUGAGCCAUGUUUUCAUGCAAUAAAUGCUUAAGCAUUUAUUUUCGUUUCAUGAAUUUAAUUAAAAAAUCAAAAAGAAAAAAGUAUUGUAUUUGUAUUUGUGUAUGUGACUGAUUUUUAUGUUAGUGUACUCAUGUUAUAACCAAAACAAGUAAUUCUUUACCAAAAAAGUAAGUGAUUAAAAAUGUUAAAGUUAAUGUUAAAUAUAGUAAGCAAAAAACAAAAAAAAAUAUUGUAAAUAAAAACAUUAAUAAAUACUCUAAUGUAGAGCUAAAACAACUUUGUUUAUUAACAACAUAUUCUUGAUGUUAAUUGUAAAACUGAGCAGCUAAUUUGCAAUCAGCUAAUUAUUAUACACAGUGAGCGCCACUUAAUUGUAAACAAUAAAUCAAUAUUUUGAGGUUAUGUGCACAUAUGUGCAUAUAUUUUUUAGUAAUGUCUCUUUAAGUUCCUUAUCAAUUAUUGUUAAAAAAAAAUUUUUUUGUUUGUUUGAAGAGCCAUUUUUCGUAAUACAUUACGAAAAAAAUGUUCAUUUACAGAAUUUAUUCAAAUUAUUAACCGCUGCUUUUUAUAUAUUUUGACCAUCUUUCUCUGGUCAAAUUUGUAGAUACCAUGUUAAUAGAAAUGUUCGUCUUUUGAGGCAAAUAAAUCUCACAGCCAAUUUUCAACUUCUGCGUAGAAAUCGAAAAACUGCGCAGCCUAUUCGUGUCCCAUCGAUGAAAACGAAUGGUAAUCGGAAGGGGCUAAGCCUUGUGAAUACGACGGAUAGGGUAGCAGCUCCCAGCCAAGUACUUUAAUUAUAUCCUGCACUGAUUUCGCUUUGUGCGCAGGUGCAAUGUCGUGUAACAAAAUUACUUUGCGGAGUCUUCUGGCCCAUUCCGGUCGUUUUUCGAUCAAUGCAUGGCUCAAAUUGAUCAUUUGUUGUCUGUAGUGAUUAGUAUUAGCAAUUCCACUACAUAGGUUUUAGAAGCUUGUGAUAUACCACACCUUUACACCAACAAACACAGCGUAUUUCCUACUUACCGCAUCGAUCUGUGUUUAUGGUCGAUGUGAAUGGUUGUCCCGUAUGAACCCUUGCUUUUCUCCGUUUAGGGUUCUUAAAAUAAAUCAAUUUUUCAGCGCCAGUGACAAUUCUAUGCAAAACUAAACUUAUUUUGUAUCUUUGAAGCGAAAUUUUACAAGUGUUUUUUUCGGUUCCAUUCGUCUUUCAUUCAAUUCAUUUGGCAACCAUUUUCCACACUUUUGGCUCUUUCUCAUGGCUUACAAAAGUUCUGAAAUUAUUUUCUUUUUGCAUGGCUGCCAUUUGCUUUUGACUCAAAGUAUCAUCUUCAUCCAAUAUUGCUUGCAAUUCAGCGUCUUCAAAAUUGGUGGUCAUCGACGUUUUCUAUUUCUCACAUCAAAAUUAUUACCCCCGAACUGUUGAAACCAUCUUCUGUAUGUUGCUUUUGAUAGAGCUUGAUUAACAUAAGCCACAACAAGCAGUUGAUGCGACUUUGCAGCACUUUUCUUCUAAUGGAAACAGAAAAUUAAUGCUUUUCGCAACUCAUCACUUUUCGGUACGAAAUUUGACAUUUGAAUAAAUAUGAUGUUGUUUGUUCAAUGGCUGUCA